AUGAAGUUAGCGAACGACAACAGAAGGAAGAGGCAGCAGGACGGGACAGUGAUAAGUGGUGGCAGGAUGUUUGACCCAAAUCAACAUGCACAAAAACACUGGGAGGCAGUUGGUUUCAUCGAUAUUAUCAGCAAUUCGGAGAGGCGGCAGCGUGAACGAAUAACAAUAACAACUCCUCCAUCAAACAGUCCUCUCGCUCGACUUUACGAAUAG